GAAGUUAAUAUCUCUUGUAUUCGUCAUAAAGUGACCUUUAAGUAUCAAACUGAAUUCGCAGUACUAACACUGCAGUCUGAUAUUUAAGUGAGACGUUAAAUGGUCGUAAUUACACUUAAUCCAACAUGGAAUGUGUAAAAACAUGCUUCUUGAUAUUUGUUCUUUUAACGUUUGUUGAAUUGUACCAGUGUGGACGUUAUGGGGGAUCUUACGACGACGAGAUUCAAUCAACUGUGGGCCCUGAUAAUUGGGGGUCAGGACUCCAAGCACUUGCUUACCAAUCAAAAACCACAAGGAGGAGCAGAACCACACCACGAAGAACAAACCCUCCAACAACACCACAAAGGGUUAGAACUACAGCCCGGAGAACAAACCCUCCAACAACACCACGAAGAACUACCCAACGAUGGGUGGAGGUAACAACCAGAAGACCCACAACAACCAGAAGGUCCACAACAACCAGAAGGUCCACAACUCCCAGACGUACCCAACCAACAACAAGGCCUUGGGUAACUGUUACAACAAGAAAGACUACAACUACCAGACGUUGGAUAAGUGUUACAACUAGAAAGCCUACAACUACAAGACGUACCCAACCCCCAACUACACCCCGACCUCGACUGACUACCACAACCCCUAGACGAACAUACCCAACUCCAACUCCAACCCCUUGGUGGAAAACUAAAAGUACCACCAGAUGGACACCACCCACUAGAACCGUUACAACACGAAGGCCUAAAACGACCACUAAACCAUAUUACAAGAAAGACAUGUCUUGGGUUGACUUACCACCUCCUCCUGGAUCAAAAGUUAAACAUGGGAAAACAACAAUUAAAAUCGUCAACAAAUACAAUUACCACUACCCCGGCUUUUACACAAUUCCCGUUCAACACCCACACUACCAUGGGUACUACCAAACUUACUCAACCUACCACUACACUACUUCUGAUACCGGAAGUGGUAUUCUUGGAUUUUACUUGGGGUAUAAGUUGGGUAAAUUAUCAACACCCACAUACUCACACGAGUCAUUCUAUGAUGGAUACCGCCCACGGUAUGACCAUUACACAAUCCAUCAUUACUACCAUAACGCCCAAGCCAUUCCUAAAAGACAAGAAAUUGUUUCCAAUGCUAUUAUUGGUUGUGUUGGAGAUAGUACUACUGUAUGUCCAGCUAAUACAACAUCACUUUGUACCAGCGAUGGUACCUUAAUGUGUGUGGUGGCUGCUACAGCUCUGAUUACUUGUAAAGACGCUAACAAUCAAAUGGUAAGUUGUACGAGUAGUACCAUGUCUUGCGUCAACAAUACAGCACCGGAAUGUGUUGGUACUAACAAGCCUAAUGUCGUGGUGAAUAUACCAUGCUUAUCGACGGCCGAUAUUCACGGUGAUAUCAAAUUUGUCAACAAUACCAUUGUAAAAAAUACGGUACCACCAAAUAAUACCACCACAGAAAGGAUGAGCUAUGGUAGUACUUAUGGUUCUGUGCCUUUAAUUAACAAUAAUCAAACACUUAAUGGUACCACAAAUCGUGCAAAUCUCAAUGGGACUGAAGGAGAAAUGAAAUAUAUCAACAACAAUGAAACUUUAGCCAUAAGUAAUGGUACCAUAAAUGGUACUGAAGUAAUUCCAGGAAGCAUAAAAUAUGUUAAUAAUAACGAAACUCUGGCUACACUUAAUGGUACUACAAAUCUCAAUGGUACUGAAGGCGGUUCAGGAGGAAUGAAAUAUGUUGAUAAUAACGAAACACUGUCUCUUUCCACAACUCCAAGUAGUACUACUUCGGAGUACUGGAAAUGGAAGCGAUCAGUACCUCAAGCAUCUCAACAGUUUUGUGUCACAAUAGUGGCAUCACCUGCGAAGAGAGAGCCAACACAAGGAGAAGAAUUUUUGGCAGAAGCCAACAGUCUAUUGCGAAAAUUCAUCGAAACUGCUUGGAAUCUCUAGUGUGAAAGUUGCUUUAAUAAAAAUUACCCUCGAUUAAGA